GAUUGCCUAAUGGUGCCUGGAUUUAUCGCCUCGUGUCUUUCUCCUCCUUUCCCUGACCAACCCGCAGCCUCCAGGGCACCGACGUGGUCAUCGCCAUCUUCAUCAUUGUGGCCAUGUCCUUUGUGCCGGCCAGCUUCGUGGUCUUCCUGGUAGCAGAGAAGUCCACCAAAGCCAAGCACCUCCAGUUUGUGAGCGGCUGCGACCCAGUGAUCUACUGGCUGGCCAAUUACGUCUGGGACAUGUUGAAUUACCUGGUCCCGGCAACCUGCUGCAUUAUCAUCCUCUUUGUGUUUGACCUGCCGGCGUACACCUCGCCCACCAACUUCCCAGCUGUGCUCUCGCUCUUCCUGCUUUACGGGUACGUUGGCGCAAACAGCAAAACAGCCAGAACUUCCUGACAGUCAGAGCUGUUCGGCAGUGGAAUUUGCUGCCAAGGAAUUUGCUACCAACUGCUGGGAACAGCAGCUGGCCAUAGCAAAGAGGGUUGAAGUAGCAAAUUAUGCAGGGAAUAUUUUCCACCUCAUCCCUUGCCGUGUUACCAGGUGAAUUGCCAGCUGUAGUAAGAGACUUUUCAGUGCUGGCCCCAGAGCAGUGGAACUCUGCCCCUUUUGGGGAUGCGGCUGGUCUCAUC